UUUUUUAUUUUUUCUCAUUCAUUAUUUAUUUAAACCAAUGUCGAAUCCGGUAGUUUUGGACGAAGAUACCUACACAGAGGCCAUCAGCCUCAUUAUCGAACGAGACUUCUUUCCAAACUUGGCAAGACUACGAGCCCAACAAAAUUAUUUAGAAGCUCAAGCAACAGGUUCUUUAGUUGAUUUACAGCAAGCAGGAAAAGAGCUACACGACCUAAAGCAUCCCAGAACUUCUCAGCUCAAUGACGACGUCCAAGGUGUCAACUAUUACAAAGAAAACGAACAAAAGAUCGAAAACAGAGUCAAUUUAAAUCUAUCCCUCGAUCAGUUCCAAACACUUUACACCAGUGAAGAUAAUGCUUCAUUUACCGAUUUACUAGAGAAAGCAAACAUCAAGACAAAACAACAAAACAAGUGGUUCUUUGACCGUGAAUCGAAACAAUUACGCAUCACCGAUCAACCUCAUGAUCAAAGUCCUAUUCAACUCAUUGAAAUGAAUGAAAAAGCACCUUCAGGAUGGAAAUAUAAGGCAAGGAACGCUCUCAUGUAUUUCCCAGAAGGUAAAAGUCAAUCUUGGGUCAAUGAUAACGACGGUCGAUCAAAACCUAAAGCAAUCGCACACGAGAAUACCCACGUCAUUAGCACAGUCGAGACAAAGAAAGCGUUAAAUAUAUUGGCACCGUCCGAUAGAGCGGCAGCCAAAGGAUCACUGACACCGUGGAAUCAAUUAAAUGGGCUGAAUGAUAGUUCGUCCUCACCGGGAGUCAGAGGAUAUAAUCUAGUCGAAUCAACACCCACACUUAGUCCAUCCAGAGUGGGAACACCUCAAAUGACUUGGGGUUCCAUUGAAGGCACCCCUCUAUUACUACCUGGAUCAGAAACUCCAGGUCCUCAAUUUUCUUUACCGCAAGUUUCCAAAAGAGAACAAUUAGGUAUGCGAUUAUCAGAGAAAGCAUCCAAGGCAUAUCGAAAAAAGACAAGUGAGCAACAACGAAAUAUACGAGGAACACCGCGUUCAGGGGCUGGUAUGUUCUCACCUGCAGCACAGCAUUUGCUUCGUAAAAGUCAUAAUACACCACGAGCAGAAUCAGGAUUUGGGGAUGCUUUACGAUCCUCCUAUGGUGCUUCUCCUUUAGGUCUACAUGCCACCAGUCGAUCCAUCCGACGACCUGGUGCUACACCUACUCCCAUCCCAUUAUUUCGUGCUGGCGCAAGUCCUGCCGUGUUGAAAAAGAAAUAAGAAUAAAUAAAAAAAAAAGUGUGUAUAUCUUUUUGUUUUA